CAUCUGUGACCAGCGCCACAUCAGUUUCUAGCGGUGAUGACACCAUGUGAGUGCAAACACACACUUAUUCUUUCUUGUAGAACAUGUUGAACACAUUUAGGUUAUGAUGUUGUUCUCUGCAGUUUUACAGAUAUUUAAAUUGAUUCUCUUAUUCAAAGAUGAACAUGUGCUUAGUGUGCAAAAUAAACACUGCGGUAUUUAAGCAGUAAAUGAACAUGUGACCAUUACAUGAGAUACUUUAUUGCUAGUAGAAAAUUUGUCAUGUUACAAGGGCUUAUGUAAAUACAUGAAAUUAAUGAGUACCAUAUCUAUAGGAAAGAGAAAUAUAGUACUGAUGUCAUAUUGUAUUUAUAUGUACUCUGUUUACAGUAUUUAAGUACUUAAUUAUAGUAUAAAAAGUAACAUUACAGUGCACCAUGUAUUCCAUUACUGUAACGAGAGUAGUUUGAGACUUCCCACCUCUUCCUUAGCUAGAGGAUGUAAACUGGAAACUGACCAAAUUAGGAGAAAAAAAUGACCAUGAAUCUUUCUUGGUCACAAAUAUAUUACAAUACAGUGAAUUUCUUUUCUUACCCCAGCUUGCCAGGAAGUUGGGGUCAGAGUUCAGGGUCAGCCAUGAUAGGUUGGGCACCUCUGGAACAGAGAGGGUAAUCUCAAGGGCAGUGAUAGCGCCAGUUUGGCAGUGCGGCUUAAACCUCUGAUCUUCUGAUUAAUAAUCCAGAGCCUUGCCCCCUAAGCCACAGCCUUCUGAGCAGUAGCCCAGAGCCUUAACCACUAUGCCACCACUGCUUCUAUCUAUCUCUCUAUCUGAAAUUGCUAUACUUCAUUAUAAUAAUGUGCAUUGUGCAGUAUAGUGAUGCUAGCAGGUAUCACUACUGCCUCACAGCUUUACGGACCCUGGUUUGAACCUGAGGCAUGCCUACAGUCUGUUCACGUUCUCCCACCUCUCAAAAACAUGCCAGUAGGAUGAUUUGGCUACUGGCGAGGAAUGAUUGAUUAAAUGAAUUAAUGAAUAUUCUGCACUGCCAUUGAUUCAGCCAGUCUGUACUAACAAAUGUGUGUCUAUAGUGAGCAUGAGACCCUGAUCUACUGGUACCUGGUGGCCGUUAAUUUGCUAAUAGUCAUACUGGUCAUCAUCGUCUGCGUGCUAAGAAGGAAGUACACAGAGAAUCAAGUCACGACCAGAGACAGGAGCAAUGACACCACAGUUCACACAGCUGAGAGUGAGGGAUCAUACAGCUCAAUUGCUUUCAAGUCAAGAAAGAAGAAAUCAGAACAAAGGAACCUGGAGCAGCGCACUUUUACAGCUGAAGACUCUGUUACAUACAGCUCUGUGGCUGUUUCAAAGCCAAAGUCUUCAGCAUCAACAGAUAAUGAGCAGGACGUGAACUACAGCUUUAUAAAAAUCGUAUCCAAGAAUAAAACUAAGUCUCCAAAAGAUGUUGGUGAUGAGACAAUCUACAGCAGCAUGGUUUGCUAGUAAGAGAUGUGUGAUUAAAAAAAAAAAAAUCUCUGUGUCUCUCACUCUCUACACACACACACACACACACACACACACACACACACACACACACACACACACACACACACACACACACACACAGUGCUGUGAAAAUGUAUUUGCCCCAUCCUGAUUUCUUCUAUUUUUGUGUAUCUUAUACUAAACUGUUUCAGAAAUGUUUUGUUUGAAAUGUAUUGAGUACCAUAUCUAUAGGGAAGAAAAAUGUAAUUCUGAUAUCAUUUAACUCUUCAUAAUAAUGUGCACCAGCGGUGGGAAGUAACGUACUACAUGUACUACGGUUACAGUACUUAAGUACAUGAUUCACUGUAAUGACACUUUUUUUAUUCUAAUUAAAUGAAAGUACUUAAUGAUACUGUGAAGUACAUUUACUUGAGGUUUUUUAUCUUCUUUAUUUUUGCACAAAUAAAACGUACAAAAUAUAAAAUGUAAAAGUUCUAUUUCAAAGCCCAAUCAAAAUAAAUCCAU